UUCUAUUUUACUUAGACUCGAUCCACGCAACGACUGCAUGUGAGCGCUGCUGUUUCUUCCUGCAGCGCCGAACGACUUGAGCCUGCAAUCCGAUCCUCCUGCCGUCACAGUAGAAGAAAAACCUUGAUCCUCCAACCUCUGUCGCUGCUUAAGAAAUACCGUGCGCAGUGCUUAUACCAUUGCUCAAACGAUUCCAGAGUCCAUCAGGGCCUCUUCUUAAUCAGAUUCUAUCAUAAUGGAUCACUCACGAGAUCCAUGCCCGUGGGUAGCGCUGUCCGACUUUGGAGGUGCCUUUUCAAUGGGUGCUCUGGGAGGAACAUUGUGGCACGGUAUUAAAGGCUUCAGAAAUUCUCCAUAUGGCGAACGACGGAUAGGCAUGAUCACCGCCGUCAAAGCUCGAGCACCAGUCACUGGCGGCAACUUCGGCGUAUGGGGUGGCUUGUUCAGCACAUUCGAUUGCGCAGUAAAAGGCAUCAGAAAGAAGGAGGAUCCCUACAAUUCAAUCAUUGCCGGCUUCUUCACCGGUGGUGCUCUUGCGAUAAGAGGAGGCUACAAAGCAGCCCGAAAUGGAGCCAUCAUGUGUGCAAUCUUCCUGGCGGUCAUUGAGGGCGUGGGCAUUGGUAUCCAGAGAUUAAUGGCAGAAAAUACGAGACUCGAUCUUCCUCCUCCUGGCACACCACCUUCAGAAUCUCCUCGUGUGGCCGCAUGACUUGAGAUGGUCACCACUCCACACUUUAUCUAAGAUCUCCGUCGUUGGAUUCGACGCGCCUAACGACCCAACUUUAGCGGUUUCUCUACUCUCCAAAGUCUCACCUUUCUCUGGUCAAUGGGGUCUUUGUGCAUAGCGGGCGUAUGGACAUAAAGGUUUUAUUCUGUGGCGAGAGUCGACUCUGGCCGACGAAGUGCCGUGAUGUCGAUGUGAAUACAAAACGGCAGAGAGCAAUGCAUACUGUCGCAUUGUGAUCCUGGUGGAGGCCCAGGCGAAUGAGACUUUCAUUUGCAAUCCGGGUUGUAUUACAUGUAUGAUGAUAGAAGAGUGUCAAUCUUACACCGACUAAUAUCGAACUCCAAAAUACUGUAAACGUCUUCAAGCGCCCAGAACAAGACUGAGUUUUCACGAAUGCCAAAAGAGUGACCAGAACUACCUUAGUUAAUCAGCUUGAAUUACACCAUAGGAGAAUCAC